AUGUUUCUAGACCUUGUAUUUAAUUUUUGCUGCUCGAAACGGCAGAGAGAUGAAAAGGAUACAAAAUCACAAAAUAGCAAUAAAAGUUAGGAGGAACAAUUUUUAGAGCAAAGAAGGAUUGAGUUAGACAUUGGGAAGACUGCGAUGAAUGAACUAAUAAAAUCAAAGCCCGCAUCAUCAAUCGGAUCACCAACAGAUAACUAUCUAUAAUUAAAUGACGAAAAAUAAUAAUAAAAAAAGAGUAGUUUCGAAGAAGACAACGUUUAGGAGAAUUAGUUCGAUAUAGAGGAUGGCAAUAAAGGGAAUCAUUAUCAAAUGAAAGAUCAUUCAGGCAUGCGUUCCAAAUCUCAGGAGAAGGUAGAGAAGGGUUUGAAGAAGAAGAUAAGUAAAGCAAAGGAGAAACAAGAUGGAGACAAGAGAGUUGUGAAAAUUUGGUAACCUGAAGAGGAUCAACGUCUCAGAAAGUUGUAUCAAGAGUAUUAGGGAAAUUGGAGUAAAAUAAUUCAGUUUAUGCCUGAACGAAACAUUUCAUAAUGUUCUCAGCGAUGGAGAAGGAUAAAUCCUAUUUAAAAUAAAUAAAAAUGGAAUUAAGAGGAAGAUGCAAAAUUAGUACAAUUGGUUGCUCAAGAGGGAAAGAAUUGGACCAAAUUGGCCAGACACUUUUAAGGAAGGUCUGGCAAAUAAAUCAGAGAAAGAUAUCUUAAUAAAUUGGAUCCUGCACUUAAUUUUGUACCUUGGACAGAAUAAGAGGAUUAGGAGAUUGUCAAAUAUUAUAAUUAAUAUGGUGCCAAAUGGAGUGUUGUUGCUUCCCAUUUGAAGGGACGAUCUGAAAAUAUGGUGAAAAAUAGAUUUUACUCUCACAUUUAAAAACAUUUGUUGGGUCGACAAAAUAAAUAUCAAAUUAUUUUUAAUUCUGGUCACAAUCAACAGAAUGGAAAUUAAUAGCAAUAAGAAGGAAAUCAAAAUAUGGAUGUUGAAUAUUCUGAUACUUCAAAUAGUGAAUAAAAGUUAGUGCAUUCUGAAAAUUAUUCAUCUUCAAUAGGAUCGAGUACAUUUACUUUCUCCUAUUAUGAAGAUGAAGAUUUUAGCGGAAAUGGUUAAGAUUUAUUGUAUGAUAAUUAAUUUGAAUAAGACUUCGAUGAAAAAGCCAGAGUGUAUUGAAUAUGUAAUUUUUAUAGAAUAAAUAAGUAUCAAU